UAUUAUUUGUAUGAAACUGUAACUUAAAUAGGUAGGUAACAUAUCGUAUAUUUGAAUUUUAGAUAUUUGGUAAUUAAUAAUUAUAAUAUUUAUAUUAUAUUACUGCAGUGAAGAACUAUUUAUACUUAAUUAAAUAUAGCCCAAUGCUGUGUAAUUUUUCACUGUACAUCUAUUAAUUGUACAGGAAAAUCCAAAAUAAUUGAAGAACGAACACAUAAGUAUAAUUUGAAUUACAUUUCCAAUUCAGUCGUAACUCAUAUUUCACCACCGUGUGCCCGUGUUGUGUUUGAGUCAUUUCCGUAGUUUUUUAUCGUUUUUAAAUAUUUACACUUAUUUACAUUUUUAAAAUUCAUUAAUUUAAAAUGUCCAAUGAAAAAGAAUGGACUCAAGACGAAAUACUCAAGCUGAUUAAUUUAAUUCAGCAAAAUGAAAAUAUUUGGAAUCCAGCACAUAGCCAGUAUAAAAAUCGAAUCCGAAGGACAGAUUCAAUAAAUAAAAUUGCAAGUAUACUAGGUAUUUCACAACAAGAAGUCGACAGAAAAUGGAAGACCAUUCAAUCUCAAUUUCGUCGAGAACAAAAUAAAGUAAAAAAUAAAAAAUCUGGCGCUGGAACUGACGAAAAUUAUAUAAGUGCGUGGUGUUUUUACAAGCCAUUAAGUUUUUUGUCAGAUAGAAAUAAACCAAAAACUACAAGAGACACUUAUGAAGCACAGGAAGAAAUACAUAACGAUGAUUCCUUGGAGGACGACUUCAUAGUGGUGGAUAGUGUUGAUAGUGAUGGGAAAAUUAAAGAACGACCAAAGCCAUUUUCUUCACCAAAACCAAAAAAAAAAAUUAGAACAGAUGAGGACCCUAGAGUAGAUGAGGUUUAUUCUAUUUUAAAAACUUAUACGGAAAAAAAUAAAUUAAAGGAUAACGCGAGUACAUAUGGGGAACACGUCGCUAACAAACUAAGGUCUUAUUCAGAUUUUAUGAAUAUGAACUGA